UGAAGAUGGAACCGGGUGAUGCCCGUGUUUAUUUUUACUCAGAAGCCUAACCCUUUCUGGCUGCCUGUGAGGAGGGGCGGUGCCCUGUGGUCGCUCCUUGGCCGGGCCCUGCUGCCUUCCUCCGGCUCCUGUUACCGCCACCUACGCCUAUAAAGGGCCGAGGAUUCACCAUCGUCACUCAUUACUCAGUGUCAGCCGCGACAGCGUCAGCAAGCGGGCCGGGCGCCGUCUUCAAAGUCUCCUCUUCCCCGAGCCCACGGGACAAAGUCCGGUGGGAGUCAAGAGCAACACAGCAGAUUGUGGUGGUGCAGGAGGAGGGACUUUGAGUGCAGUAGUAGGAGCGAGAGCCGCCGCUGCCAUGCCCGCCUUCUCUUGCCUGGAGCUGCUGCCCCCGACAGGGCCUGCCCAAAGGAAGCAGCAGGAGCACCCGCCGCCGCAAUGCUACGGCUCAGGCGUGCAGAUGAUCCACAGGAUGCCAUUGCAGAGAGUCGUGCCCAUCCGGCUAGUCCCACGCUCGAUCGGCAUGGUGGGGGAGCUGCGCCCAGCUUUGGCGCCGCACGCCCAUCAGUGGCUGCUGCUAGAGAGCGGCGGAGGCGCCGCUGUUGCGACUGCCCAGCCUGGCUUUCAGCAGGAGCCCAGCAACCACGGCCUCCGCUUCAGUGAGCACUGCCAGGCCAUGCAGGCGGCGGCGACGGCUGCAGCCAGCACUUACCCAGGCCUCACCGUUGAGCCUCGGUCUGCCUGCCAGGCCCCCGCCGCUGGCUCCUUAGACCAUGGCAGUUGCCGCCCAGAGGCCGAGCUGGAAGUUGCUGAGGAGGAAAGCCCCUGCCAGGCCCGGCCGACAGAGCGCAGCGAGAAGCUGGCGCUGCACCUGGCCGAGGUGGAAAAGCAGGACAAGUACCUGCGGCACAAGGGCCGCUUUCGCUUCCAUAUCAUUCCUGAUGGCAACUGUUUGUACCGGGCCAUCUGCAAGGCCUUCAGCGGAGACCAGCGGCUGCACGGUGAGCUCCGCGAGCAGACGGUGUACUACAUUGCUGAUCACCUGGACCAUUUCAGCCCCAUCAUCGAGGGCGACGUGGGCGAGUUCCUCAUCAACGCUGCCCAGGACGGUGCCUGGGCAGGCUAUCCGGAGCUGCUGGCCAUGGGACAAAUGUUGGACGUCAACAUUCAUCUCACCACUGGUGGCAAGCCCGAGAGCCCCACUGUCUCCACCAUGACCCACUACCUGGGGCCUGAGGACCCUAGUCGGCACAGCAUCUGGCUGAGCUGGCUUAGCAACGGGCAUUAUGACACUGUGCUGGAUCGCCAGUGCCCCAAUCCGGAGUACGAAGAGUGGUGUAGGCAGACUCAGGUGCAGCGCAAGAGAGAUGAGGAACUGGCCAGAUCUAUGGCGGCAUCGUUGUCAAAAAUGUACAUUGAGCAGAAUGCAUGCUCCUGAGAUGGGUACAGCAUUGGUUGCCCACUGUCAUGGUGCCUUACUGUUCUCCAUCCAGCACUUGCACUCUGGACUGAGCAAGAACUUGAGGAGGAGCAAAUCUAGACUGAGAUUUGUAUUGAGUGCAUGUAUAUACCUUCAGAUUCUGGUUAUUUUCCAUUCUAUUCUUUGUAUAUGUUCUGUUUCCAGUACACUCUUUUCUAUAAGGGCUUUCUUUUUGGCACAAUAUUUUUUUUGUGGGUUACCUCUGUCUCUUACCACCAAAAAUAAGUUAGUAAGAGGUUUAUGGGGCGGGGGUGCUAAUAUGGUUUAUGGCCUAACAUUUGUUUUAUGCUGUGAUUUGAAACAUACAUUCGUUCUGUUGAAUGGAAGUGUUUUAAAUCCACUGAUUGUCACCCCCUUCUUUAUUAGAUGAAAGGAAAAAACUUUCAGCCACUUUUAAAAAGAAACUAAAAUAUGCAGUUAACUUUGAAGUGACAGCUGCUAAGAUGAAUUGACCACUCUGCAGAACAGGAUUUCUUCAGACAAUUGGAACAUGGCUUUUUCAAGAAUGGUACAGAGAGCAAUUGUGACUUUUCUGUUUUCAGUUGUUGACUAGAGUAAGCUGGCUUUUCAUUUUAUUGCCUGGCUGGUGCCAUCUUUUUUAAUUUUAGUAGUAUCUGGUUUAGAAUGUUAAGACGCAAAAUUGUUCCUUAAGAAUGGCCUUGAUUUAUAGUCUUGUUCAUUUUAUGGACAUACAUGCCUUUUGGCACUGCACCAGCAGGUUUAUUUUAUCACAUUCUAUUCUUUAGAUGUUUUCUAAUCGCUAAUAAUGGGCUUACUCUGGUAUUAUGUAAAAAUGUAUUUAUACCAAGUUUGUGUGUAUGGUUUCCUGGGUCAGACUUUCAAGGUUUUCAAGGUUACUGCUACCCUCUUUAAUUUCCAAUUAAAAUGAAAAGGCUAGAUAUAUUUAUUAAGUAAUGGAGUUUGUACUUUUUUAUUUUGUGACUUUUGAAUUUAUACUGUAUUUGUAUAAUAGGAAUAUUCUUAGCUGUUCUGGAAUAAAUAUAUAGUUUUC